UUGCUCGAUUACCGUCAGGUUGAACAUGGCUACCAAACUGUGAUCCACUAAACCGAACAUCCUCCACGCCCUCUUUCUCCGGAGACGUUUGGUUAAACAGAUAAUUUCAAAGCAAAUAGAAACAUUCAGUUUUAUAGAUAAAGUAGCCUAUAAGACCAAGCUAAACACAGUAUUGUGUAGUUCUGUUUGCAUUGGCACCAUUUCACGACACAUUCACGGUCAAGCUAUUCUGUGAAACUAUGAUAUAGACUACACUGUUCAAAACAGAGGAGCAUCUCUGUGAAUCCUUCUGCUAUAAAUGCACAUCAAAGAACUACAUUUGGUAGCCUCUCUUCGUAUGUUGUAUUGAUAGGCCUGAUGGUUGACAACUGUUUUAAAAAUGCUUUCCACAAGGUCCUCACGAAUGUGCUAGAUGCACGUUAAGCUGAUCAUUAAGCAAACGACAUGUUUUCGCAGACAGCGAACGGAGAAACAUGCAAUGUGACGGGUGGAUUUUAACUGAUAGCUUGUUGCCAAAAAUCGGUGGAGUGGUCAUCAAUCAACAUAAACUUGUCAAGUUAGGAUUUAGAAAUAGUAAACUAGUACUGUGUCGAACUCGAAGCACUUGGGGGCAGUACAUUUCCUAUGAUUACAAUGGCAAUGUCCUUUACUCCAGCCACACAGUCUACAAAUAACCGUAACUACAAAACAGUCUGAGUUCUAAUGGUAUUAGCUAGCUAAUGCUAACAGCGAGUUGGCUGUGCUACACUACACGCACUCUGUCACUCGCGUGGAUGUGUUGUUGAAUGAAGUCAAAGUGGCAGUGACUGGAGUAGGACAGUGGCUGAAGUUCAGACGGCAACCACCUAUACGCAUUAAAAUAACCUCAGGUGGCUACAGAAUUACACUUGUUUUAGAUCCUUGGACGACAGGGUUGCUGUUAAAUGCACCAGUCUUGCAAAACUUGCUGCAGCCUCAAGGAUUCAGCUGACAGAAACGUAACGUUAACGUUAGUGAAAAAGAUCGCGAACAAUUUAUAUCGCGAGCUAGCUAGUAAAGCGAAGUGGUUGAUUCGGCCAGUUUGGCCAGACUGUAAGCUAUAUUUUAAGCUGGCUAAUCAACAAGACAUGCUGGGUAGCUGAUUUAUGUCACCGACCGUAAACCUGAAAUCUAGAUUUCACCGUAUCAUGACCAGGAUCAACUCCAGCGGAAACUGCUGUCCUAUUUUAAUAGGUAGCUAACGUUAGCUACUCAGCCGUCGAACCAACGCUCUAACGUUAGCCAGCUACUUCCCCCAUCUGCAACCGGUUAGCUAGCCAAGCUAGCUACGUGAAAUGAAACUAUUACAACCGAUCAAUAUUUGGAUUGUUCUGAUGUAUGAAGACAGAAACAUCGCACUGUAAGAUCUCUGCGAAGGAGAUCAACUUCUGGAGAAGGUAUGGACGAGCAGAAAUCAAACUGCGAAGAGAAUGAUUCUGAAACGGCAGCUGAUGAUGGUGCCCCCUCAAACGCCCUGCCGGAGGGGGAGGGCGAUACCCCUCUUGCUCCAGAGGACACUUCAGACACUACUGUGGAGACUUCCAGUGCACCUGUGGAAAGCUCAAAAGCCUGUGCUCUCUGCAACUGUGUGGAGCGUAGCCUUCACGGACAACGGGAGCUCCGGCGAUGUGGGCCCUCCUCCUCCGACCGGCCCGCCUUGGAGGUCCCUGCUCCCGCCUUGCCCGAGGCUGGAAACGACGACCUGUCUUCCAUCGGAUUCUCCGACUCCAGCUGUCUGGCCUCGCUGUUUGAUGACACAGGGAGCUGCUGGGUGCACCACUGGUGUGCGGUGUGGUCUGAUGGCGUGAGGCAGGUGGAGGGUGAGCAGCAAGAAUUGGAGAACAUGGAUAAGGCGGUCAUCUCAGGGAUACAACGGCUGUGUGACUAUUGUAAAAGGCUGGGAGCUACCAUCCGGUGCCAGGCAGAGGGGUGCUCACGGUUUUACCACUUCCCUUGCUCGGCAGCCAGUGGAUCUUUCCAGUCCAUGAAGCUUUUGGCCCUCCUCUGUCCGGAGCACAUUGAUAAGGCAGAGGAGAUUGCGGGCGAGGAGGCACGCUGCGCUGUGUGUGACUCUGCUGGCGAUCUGUUAGGGCUGUUAUACUGUACGGGGUGUGGGCAACACUACCAUGCCGCUUGUCUGGAGAUCAGUGCCACGCCGCUGCAGCGCUCAGGUUGGCAGUGCCCUGAGUGUAAGGUGUGCCAGACCUGCAGACAACCAGGGGAGGACUCCAAGAUGCUAGUGUGUGAUGCGUGCGACAAGGGCUACCACACGUUCUGUCUGCAGCCAGCCAUGGACUCGGUGCCGCCUGACUCCUGGAAAUGCCGGCGGUGUCGUAUGUGCAGUGACUGCGGGGCGAGUGGGCCCAGUCUUCCAGGCGAGGCCCAGUGGUUUGAGAACUACGCCGUGUGUGAGGCGUGCCAGCAACGGCGCCUCACGGUCUGUGGCGUGUGCAGUAAGAGCAGCGAACCCCCCUCCAACCUGCCACACAGAUGCAGCACCUGCCACAGAUGGGUACACACAGAGUGUGCUGUGGUCGGCUCUUUAGAGGAGAAAACGAUGUGUGUGCUGUGUCGAGAGGCCACACCUGAGGCCCCGGCAGAAGCUCCAGGGGCACAGGAGGAGGAGGAGAAGGAGAAGACGGGGGAAGAGGUACCCAUGGAGCUGGGCACAGAUGCUGAGGUGGUGGGAACUACAGCAUUGAAGGAAAUGGUCGUGGAAGAGCGACCUCAGACUGAAGCCACUGAGGUCCCUGGGGAGUGUGCCGUGGACACAGAGGUCCCCGGUGAGCGUGCCGUGGACACCGAGGUCCCAGAACAUCCAGAGAUGGAAAGGGAAGUUCCCGCAGAGCCCUGUGAGGAGGGAGAGACGCCCACCGAGCCUCUCGUGGAGAGUGCGGUCCCAGCCGAAACAGCCUUGGAGAGUGAGGUGCUCCAGGCGGAGGCUGUGGGAGGUGAAGCCCCCCCAGAGUCCCCUGCUGAGAAAGAAGCCACUGCUGACCCCCCCCUGGAAAUUGAGGCUCCGGCCGAAAUGACCCCGGCCGAAGAGCUGCCGCUCACAUCUGAAGCUCCAGAAGGAAGUGGAAGCGUUGAACAGGAAGCCAGUUGCCUAACUGCUGCCAGCAGUGAGGAGAAGAGUAGUCGGGAGGCUGAGAGCCAGCUCAUCCGGGGCAGCCCAGAGAGCCAUGUGGCAGACAGCACUGCUGGAGCCCAGAGCGGCGCGGCGGAGGAGGGAGCACCGGUGGGGCACGCAGAGGAGGAGCCAGAGGAGCCAGAGGAGGAGGAGGCGAUGUCUCCUGUGCGAGAUGGCGACGGCGAGCUGGCAAAGGAGGAAACAUCUGAAGAAGAGACUGUUGCUGAAGCUUCCAGGAAGUCUCCUCCCCGACCACCAACCCCUCCUACAGACAGCCAAGAGGCUGAGCCUGUUGCCAUGGACACGGAAGAGGCAGGCCCCGCGGAGGACUUGCAAGAAGGUGCGACAGCAUCUGCUGCAGAACAGGCUGAGCCGACUCCUUCCCUGGACAUGGAGGACAGGCCUGCCCAGUCGGAGGACGAAGAGGCUCUGGACGAGGAUGAGGAGGCCCUGGCGGAGUCGCCUGCGAAGGAGGAGGACUGCCAUGCGGCGGGCGAGGAGGAGGAGGAGGACGACGACGAUGAUGAAGAGGUGGUGCGGGUGAAGAGGAAGCGGCGGGUGGACCCCCUUGAGGGGGGCUGCAAGCCGGAGCUGCUCCUGGACGAGGCGUCCAACAUGAGCCACGGCGACGAGAGCAGCAGCGGCUUCCUGGGCUCCCCGUCCGAGCAUGACCCGCACGCGACCUCCGCCGACCUCAGCCUGGUGCCGGUUGGCCGCUCGCGGUCCGACUCGCUGCUCACGGAGACGGACGACUCCCUGCCGUUUGACCCGCUCAAGCCGGAUGGGGAGAAGGUGAGGCGCCGCGGCUCCCCAGGACGCUCCCGCAUCAGACAGGGGCGGAGCAACGCUUUCCCAGGGAAGAGGCGUCCUCGUGGGGGUGGCAGUGGAAGAGGCCGUGGCCGCUCUCGCCUGAAAGCCAUGGCUUCCUGCAUCGAUGCCUUCCUGGUCUCUCCUUCUCUACAGCUGAGUAUGACCACAGAGCCGGGAGUGAGCAAGGAAGAGGAGGAGGAGGAAGAUGACACGAUGCAAAACACAGUGGUGCUCUUUUCAAACACUGAUAAAUUUGUCCUGCUGCAGGACAUGUGUGUGGUGUGCGGCAGCUUUGGCAAGGGCACGGAGGGCCAACUGCUGGCCUGUGCUCAGUGUGCCCAGUGUUACCAUCCAUACUGCGUCAACAGCAAGAUCACUAAAAUGAUGUUGCGGAAGGGCUGGCGCUGUCUGGAGUGCAUCGUGUGUGAGGUGUGUGGCAAGGCCUCGGACCCCUCACGCCUGCUGCUGUGCGAUGACUGUGAUGUCAGUUACCACACCUACUGCUUGGACCCGCCCCUGACGACUGUCCCGAAAGGGGGCUGGAAGUGCAAAUGGUGUGUGUGCUGCAUGCAGUGUGGUGCCAGCUCCCCGGGGUUCCACUGCGAGUGGCAGAACAACUACACCCACUGUGGCCCCUGUGCCAGCCUGGUCACCUGCCCCGUGUGCCGAGAGAGCUUCAAGGAGGAGGAGCUACUGCUUCAGUGCCAGCACUGUGACAGAUGGGUGCACGCUGUGUGUGAAAGUCUCUACACUGAGGAUGAGGUAGAGCAGGCUUCUGAUGAAGGGUUUGCCUGCACUGCCUGCAUUCCCUAUGUGCCCAAGCCUGUGGUGGUUUCCCCCAUGAUGUCGGCUUUUAAGAUCAAAGAGCCGGAGCCGCAGUUCUACCGUCUGGAAGGUGUGUGGCUGACCGAGUCGGGCAUGUCCCUGCUCCGCAGCCUCUCCAUGUCCCCCCUGCACAAGCGGCGCCAGCGGCGCUCUCGCCUGGGCACCCUGUGUGGCGAGGUGGGCCAGGACGGCCUUGAGCUGAAGGAGGUGGACGGAGACGGAGACGAGGGAAAAGGCUGCGCUGAGCCAAUGGAGUGCUUUCCAAAGCUGGAGCCCCCUGGGAGUCCCGACCGGGAGGGAGGAGCAGAAGGAGGUGCUGACGGUAUGGCUGACCCCGAGGGGCUCAAGGGAGGAGCAGAGGAGAUGGACGAUGGGAAAAAGAGAAAGAGAAAACCAUACAGGCCAGGGAUUGGUGGGUUCAUGGUGCGACAGAGGAAGUGUCACACGCGGAUGAGGAAGGGCCAGAUCGCAGCUCUCUCGUGCUCUCUGGAAGCAGCAGCAGACGGGCAAGAGACUAAACUGGAGGACGGAGCACAUCCAGACACUCCCAUGGAUGGACCCCCGGAGGUGAAGACAGGCGAGGGCGAAGGUGAGCAAGCCAAAAAGCGACGGGGGCGGAAGAAAAGCAAGCUGGAAGAUAUGUUUCCCGCCUACCUGCAGGAGGCUUUCUUUGGCAAGACAUUGUUAGAUCAGAGUAAGAAAGCUCUCCUGGUUCCACCAGGCCAGAGAAAUCCUCAGGGCCUACUGCGACAUCCUCUGUCUGGGAAAGGGUCUCGACCCCUGCCCCUAGAACCAGGAACAGACGCGAAGGACAGGAUGAUGGGUGCCGCUCUCCAGCUAAAGCAAGAAAGAGGUGCAGGACCAACAUGUCAAGGAGCUGGGAUGGAGAUGACCGGGCAGGCUUCCUCUCUCAGAGAUCAGACCUCAGCUGAAGCACAGGACAAGGGGAGGAGUGAAGGUCUUCCGCAGGGAGUGGAGAGUCAGGACUCGGAGCAAUUUUUCCGGAAGGUCUUGGGAGAUUCGGAGGGGGGCCCUCUUGGUGGAGUGAAGCCUAUCCUGGAGGGAGAGCGUGGCGGCCUCCCUCAGAGAGGCCUUCUGCCAGGCACAUCCUUGUCUGGAUCUCUGCCCUCAGCUGCUGUAAUGGACUCCUUUCCUGGGCUGUCCCAGUCCCCCUUCUUGGACAUGCGGGAUCGAGGGGGGCUGUUCAGCCCCGACCAGGGUGAGGAAAGUCCGUGGGCCACGCCAACCUCCACCCCCGCCACUCCAUCAACGCCCACGACUCCCACUGAAACGGAGGGGGACGGCCUGUCGUACAACCAGCGCAGCCUGCAGCGGUGGGAGAAGGACGAGGAGCUGAACGAGCUGUCAACCAUCUCCCCAGUACUUUACGCCAACAUCAACUUCCCCACCCUCAGGCAGGACUACCCAGAUUGGUCCAGUCGCUGCAAACAAAUAAUGAAGAUCUGGAGAAAAGUAUCGGCUGCGGACAAGGGUCCUUUUUUGAAAAUGGCCAAAGACAACCGAGCUGCUCAGCGCAUUAAUAAAGCACAGAAGCAGGCAGAGAGUCAGGUGUGCAGGACCAUUAAGACAGAAGGGGGGGUUCGAGUUAAAGGGGAACGACCAAGCCUACACCUUCAGAUCCCUCCGCCAUCUGGUUCAGCCUCCACUUCUCAGCCCAGUUCUGCUGAGAGCCCGUUUCCCUUCGGCCCGGACUCGGCCUCAUCCUCCACCUUCUUUCCCGACGGUCCCUUGAAGACCCCAGGUUCGGCUGCAGAUGCCCGGAUAGAUCCCUUUUCCAAGCUGCCUCCUCAAUCCCCUCAUCCACACUCUCACCCCUCCACCCAGCCCUUCUCACAGGCUUCCGCCAGCCCUCUGCAGGCGUCUUCCUCAGGUUACCCUCACUCUGGCUCCCAGGGGCCUCCUCCUCAGGGACGGCCAACUAGCCUUGGCCCUCUCGACAUGCAGCCAGGAAUUCCUGGCAACCAGCGGAGGGCUCAGCAGGUUGACCCAUUCUUUAGACCCCAGCAGCAAGGCCACAUGCCUCAGUCUCAGCCCCAACCAGCCUCUCAGGAACCCUUAUGCCCACCUGAAAGUCCCCGAGCCCGGGCGACUGGGCUGGGGGACUCCCCCCUCUUCUCCCCUCCUCACAACACCCACUAUGUAGACCCGUUCCGCAAUCAGCAGGCAGUGGUUCGUCAGGAAUACGGCUCAUCCCCCUCGUCUUCAUCAGUGCCCUCCUCACCAGCCGGGGUCGGUCAGUAUAGGGCCGACAUGAGCGGCCCUUCUCCACGCUCCUCUUCCACUGGGCGCCAAGAUAUUGGCACUGGCUCCCCUGCUGGAAUGCUGGACUCAGGAGACGGACUGUUCAAGGCUCCAUUGACCCCUCGGAUGCACCCGGGAGACGGUGGGAGUGGUGCGUCCGGUGGGCUUCUCCCCCCUGGCGCCUCUCCCAAUCACCCGUCGGAGGGCUACCGGCAGUCUCCUUCCGCCUCGUUCUCAGACCCUAACGCUCAGCCUCCCCUCACUCCCCGGCCUCAGUCUGGGGACAGCUGCUCCCCGCUGCCCCAGAGGUUACCCAUGCCGCCCCAGCAGGAGUCGCACUCGAGAGUGCCCUCCAGCCCACAGUCUCAGGGCAGCUCCCAGUCUCCCCUCACUCCCGGUGCCCUGUCCAACGACGCUUUUUCAGUUCAGUCGCCCGCUACACCUCGUUUCCAGUCCCCCGACCCUUACUCGAGGCCACCCUCACGCCCCCAAUCCAGAGACCCCUUUGCCACUCUGCACAAACCUCCUCGCCCCUCCUCUGCUGUCCCAGAGGGCAGUCAGACUUUCCGAGGGUCUCCUCAUCCAAACCAGCAGUCACCCAUGCCCCCCUGCUCUCCCUCGAUGGUGGAUCCCCUCUCUGGAAAGCCCCCUGGGCUGCCGUCUUUCAGCCGAAGCCCUGGCGUCGGGGCCCAUCCCAUGAGCCAGCAGCAGGUGCGCAUUCCAUUUGGGGAGUCUCACCCUCCCCAGGCCCAGCUCCAGGCCCAGCUCCAGGCCCAGCUCCAGCAGCUCCAGCAUCCUCAGCCGAUGGGUUCAGACUUCCACCCCAGGAUGUCACUGCCACCUGGGGCCCAGGAUCCCACAUCUGUGCGACCACCUGAUGCGUCCCAGGUCCAGGCCAUGCAAAUCCAACAGGACAUACCGGAUAUGGCAGUUGGUCAGGACCCGGCCUUCAUUGGCUUGAAUCCCUCAGAGAUGGACAAGAACAAACAGAAGCUGCGGGAGUUCUUGAUCAGACAGAAGAUGCAGAGAAACUCUCGUCAAGAGAAGGAGGCGGCAGCAGCAAGUGCUGCUGUCCAAGUUUGGCCGGGUGGAGACAUGGCAGCAUACCAACAAGACAAAAGUCAACGGCCCCCACCACCAUACCCUCAGGACCGAGCAGCAGUGGCUGCGGCCGCUGCUCAAGCAGCAGCUGCUGGGAAGCUCCCGCUCCCUGUGGGACCCAUGGAUGGCCGACCAGUGCCACCUGGGACACCUGUAAUGAUGGACCCUAAUGCUCUCAGACAACAGGGACCUGGAAAUCCACAGGGAGUGUUCCCUCGUCAUCCAUUCCCACCUCAUUGGCAAGGUCAGGCCGCAGGCGCCCGGAGGUUCCCUCAGCCGUCUGGGAUGGAAGCGUUAGGAGCCAGACAUCAGCUAGGUGCCCCGGUCAACAAUCCACUGGCCAUACAAGGGAUGCAAGGGAGUAUGGCCAACCCCAUGGGAAUGGUCCCCGGAGCCGGGGGCGAGCCCAUGCAGACUUGUGUUUCUGGCCCACCACCUCAAUUUAUAGAGCUGAGGCAUAAUGCCCAAAGAAUGCCACUCGGACCCCAGUUCAUGCCAAGGGGAGGUCAGCAACGCCCAAGGCACUUUUUACCCCAUCAGGCCUAUGACUCCUCAAUGGUACAGCAGUCCAUGGCUCAAACACAAGCCGAUGGCCUGAGAAAAGGGCUACAGCAAGGUGGUUUGGGAUUACUACUGUCUCAACAGGGUGCUGACCUUCAGCAGCAGUCGCAGGUUAAAUCCCAGAUGCCCACUGCCAACCCCAACACUCCCAGUGCACUUCAGAAUCCUCAGCAAGUUGCACCAGCGAGUGGCGUAGGAGCACAGCCAACUGCCCCAGUGGACAGCGUCGAUCUUCCGGAGGCAGUCCUGGAGGAUCCCUUUGCUCCGAAAGGACUAGGGGAUGCCGCAGGAGUGGAGGAUGAAGAUGACCUGGCUACUCUGGACUUGGAUCCUGACAAGGGGGAUGAUGACUUGGGUAAUCUGGAUAACCUUGAGACGGCUGAUCCACAUUUGGACGAUUUGCUCAACAGUGAUGAGUUUGACUUGCUGGCCUACACCGACCCGGAGCUUGAUCAGGGUGACCCAAAGGAUGUCUUUUCUGAUCAGUUGCGCUUGGUGGAAGCAGAAGGGGAAGGACCAACAUCUGCGACAGCUGACAUCAAGGUGGAAGAAAAACCAAAGGCUGGUUUGGCUGGGCCAGAUACAGCUUUGUCAACCUCUGAAAAUGUCCGGACUCCCAAAGCUGAGAGCUCUACCUCCUCUAAUAGUUCACAACCCCGUUCAUCAGUUGAGGUCCCUGAUGCUUCAAGACUUGCAAACAUAAAGCUAGAAGACAAAGGCUUUACUGCUGAAAGUUUGUCUGAGUUUAAGGAACAGCAAAAUCCUGCUGUUGUAAAAGAUGAGAUGGGUGAAGCUGUCUCGAUGUUGCUGGGAGGAUCAGGUUCAACAACUAAACAAGCGGGUGGAGAGAACCAAACGGCUUCACUCAGCACAGUUCGUUUGGGAGGGAUGCCCUUUCCGCUUUCCGGUCAGGCUGAUUCAAUGUCAUUUCCGCCAGCAACACCACACCCAGACCUUGGUGAGGACCAUCUAGGGCUUCCUGAUGGAGGGGGACAGCACUCGCCAGCAGUGGAUCUUGACAAAGUGGAGAGCUCCCUUGAAGCCAGUGAACUGCCCCUAUUAAUACAGGAUCUGCUUGAGCAUGAAAAGAAAGAACUCCAGAAACAACAGCAACAGCAGCAACUUAAUGCCCUCCAGCAAGGAGGGAUGGGGGCUGCUCUCCACCCACAACAACAGCCUCCUCACGGCCAGAUAUUGCUCCCCCCUCACCAACGUCCCCAGGGACUAAUCGGUCAGCCAGGCAUGGUGCCAAGACCACAUAUUAUGCCACCUCAGCAGCAGCAGCACCAGCACCGAUUAAUGGGAACGCCGAUGCCACCUCCAGCAUCCCAUAUGGGCAUGACGCCACAACAGGGCAUGAUCAGGGUAGGGCCAGGACUAAAUCCACAACAGGCUCCACAACCUCAACAAAUGGUCAAACCCAAUGUGGCCAAUAACUUCUUCCCAGACAAAGAUCUUGACAGAUUGGUGACAGAUGACAUCAUGGACCCCAUUGCUAAAGCAAAGAUGGUGGCGCUGAAAGGCAUCAAGAGGGUGUUGGCUCAAGACCCCAUGGGAGGUGCUCCUGGGAUCAAUAGGCAACAAGUAUCUCUCCUGGCCCAGCGGUUGGCAUCAGCUACAGGCGGUGGAGACCCACAAGGGCACUUUCCAGCUGGAUCAUCCAAGGAGGGUGAUGGAACUGACCAGGCUCAAUCCAGACCCAAUCCUCCACAGUUUGUGCAGGGCAUCAUAAAUGAUACAGAGCAGCACCAGUAUGAAGAGUGGCUCUUGCACACUCAGCAACUUCUGCAGAUGCAGCUGAAGUUCCUUGAGGAACAGAUCGGGGCACACAGGAAAUCCCGUAAAGCCUUGUGUGCCAAGCAGCGCACGGCGAAGAAGGCUGGCCGUGAGUUUGCAGAGGCCGAUGCAGAGAAGCUCAAGCUCGUCACUGAAGAACAAAGCAAGAUCCAGAAACAGCUUGACCAGGUGAGAAAACAGCAGAAGGAACACACUAACCUGAUUGCGGAGUAUCGAAGCAAGCAGCAGCAGCACCAGCAAGGUUCUGGACUGCUGCCCGCGGGGCCAUCCACCCAAACUCCACAGCCCCUCUCGAAGAUGCCAGGGCAAGUCAUGAUGGGCCAGCAAGGAACACCAAUGAUGGGCCAACCACCUGGAUAUGUUCCUCAAGGAGGAGGUAUGCCCGUGAGAAUGCCGCAGGGACAGCCUUUCAUGGGCGCCCAGCCGCCUCACCCUGGAGCCCUGGGAGCCCCUCAGCCUGGCGCCCCCGGAGGGUUCUUCCCGCAGGCUCCAGGGUUUCAGGGGGCUGACCCAAGGCUUUUACACGAGCGUCAGCUUCAGCAACGGAUGCAGAUGGUUCAGAAGCUGCAGCAGCAGCAACAGCAGCAGCAGCAGUUGAUGAUGGGACAGCAGCCGAUGCCACCUCAGAGUCAUCAGCCUGGGAUGAUCGCCCAGCAGCAACAGGGUGGUUUGGUUCCACAACAAGCACAAGGAAUGAUGGCCAAUCCAUUAAUGGCUCAAAGCGCUCCCAACCUGCAGCAAGGACUGAUGGCUAACCAACAGAAUCAGCCGGGUCUAAUGCAGACUCCUCAGGGCAUGAUGGCAAACCAAGUGGUCUCGCCGAUGCCACAGCAGAACCCCAUGGGCCAGCCCAUGCCACAGGCUCAGAACAUGAUGGUGGGAAAUCAGAUGGUGCAGCAGAGGCCGCAGGGGAUGAUGGGCCAGCAGGGACCAGUUGGACCCCAGCUGGCUCUCGCAGGCCCGCAGGGUCAGCUGACACCGCAGCAGCAGCAGAAUAUCUUGGCACAGCGUAUGCUCCUCUCUCAGCAGCAGCAGCAAAAAAACCUUGUGCAUCUACAGCAACAACAACAACAACAACAACUACAGCAACAACAACAACAACAGCAAGCGUCACAGCAGAGACUACAAACACCACUGAGCCCGUCAGAACCCCAGAGAGUGGUAGGAACGCCUCCAUCUGCAAAUGCCCAGCCCUCCCAAAUACCAGGGGCCACAGAGGGUUUACCGCAAGGAAUGCCUGGGCUUUCCCAAGACCCUCAGUCUUCAACAGCCAAAGAGGGAGGAAUUCUGAGUCCCAAAACCUCAUCUCAACAGAUGGGACCUUCAAUACCUGGCCAGAUGCAACAAGGACAUCCUGGAGAUGUGCAAGGAGCUGUAGCACAACAGCAGCAGCAGCAAACUCCUAAUUACGUGGGCCAGCAGCAACAGCAACAGCAGGUACCACAGCAACAAAUGUCUCAAAGCCCUGCAUCGUCUGGGCUUCAGCAGCAGCAGCAGCAAGGUUUCGUAAGCAACCAGCAAGCUGUUACCCAGCAGCAGCAGCAGCAGCAGCAGGUACAGCUCUCUCUUCAGAGGCAACCCUCCGUUAACCCUGAGAGGCCUGAGUUGGUCACUAUCAAGCAGGAAGGCCAACAAAUGUGUUUCAUUGCCCAACAACAAGCGCAGCAGCAACAGCAACAACAACAACAACAACAACAGCAGCAGCAGCAGCAGCAGGUUGUCCAGAAUAUCAUGCAGCAGCCACAGGAUGCCAUCAACCAGCAGCAGCCUGAUGGAACGGUGCAGUUACAGAAUCCCAUGGUACAGAUCCACCCAGGUCAAACUCAGCCAGGAAUGGCCGCUCAUCCUAAUGUACAGCAGCAGCAGCAAGCCCUGCUAGUCCAGCAGCAGCAGAAACAGGCCAUGAUGGGACAGAUUGACAUGAUGAGCCGGGGCCAACAGCAGAUGAUGGGCCAGAGGCCUGUAGCUCCCACUGGACAAAUAAGAACUCCUAUUAACAUCCAGGCCAUCAUUGCCCAAAACCCUCAGCUGCGUCACCUGACACCACAACAGCAAAUCCAGCACAUCCACCAGAUGAUUGCUCAGCGGCAGGGCCAGAUGAUGAGGAUGUCUGCGGCCCAGGGACAGGUCCAGGGACAGAUGCAUCCCCAAGCCAUGCAAGGCCAGGUACAGCAAGUUGGGCCUCGGAUGCCUGGCCUUGAAGGUCAGCAACAGCUUCACUAUGGAAUACCAGGGAAACCAGGGUUGGUAGGAUCACCUCAGCAACCAGGGGGGAUGGGCCAGCCUGCAGGUGUGGGCCAGCAGUUCCAGCAGGGUCUCAUGCCACAGCAGCAACCGUCACAGCAAGGGGCCUCUCCUCAGUAUGGACUCACUGUUCAGCAACAACAGAUGAUACAACAACAGCAGCAGGCCCAGCAGCAACAGAUGAUGAGAGGCCAGGUGCCUUUGCCUCGGGCUAUGAUGGGACAGGUUCGAGCCUCUCUUCAGGGCCGUAUGGUCAGACCCAUGUCUCCCCACCCGUCACUUGGCGUGGGCUCCCCCGUAGACCCCUCAGCCCAGCAACGCCAGGCCCUUCUCAUGCGCCAAACUUCUCCUGCCCAGGGCCAACAAUACCAGCAGCAUUCCCAGCAACAACAGAUGGCCACGGCCAUGAGUCCGUUCCAGGCAUCACCUUCUCACGCAGGAGGCUCACCGGCAGGUUCCACUGGACAGAAACAAGAAUCUGAUGCAAGCCCCGCACGAAUAAGAUCCAACCCGGGCACUCCCUGUCUGUCUAACCUCUCCUCGCCGGCCAGAGUGGAUGGUGGGGCUGGGAAAAACAGUCCAUUCAAUCCAAACAUGGCAUCAGCCUCCCCUUUAAGAACACCUCUGGCUAAGACUCUCCAAGAUCUGUCAGGUCUCAAGUCAGAGCUCCAUGGUUCUGGCGGUGAGGUAAGACAAACCACCCCGCUGAACGGGCCUUCCCCUCAUUUUGGACAGAACCCUCAGCUGCUCCGACCAGGAGCACAUCCUAUGGAUGGUGUCACACAGCAGACCCCCGGGUCCAGUGAAGGAGUUCUCUGCAAGAUGACUCUUCAGAACAUCAAACAAGAGCCAAAGGAGGUGCAGUGUGACACAGAUGGGGGUGGUGUCGCCCACACGGGGAUCGUCAAGCGGGAGGCAUCUGGUGAGCCCGUCAGUGGGUACCUUAACGCUUCAGGAGACCCUGGAUCCCACAUGCCCAGAACCGAAACGGGUCAACAACUACUGCAGAAGCUCCUAAGAACCAAGAACCUGCAGCUUGCCGCCCAGAGACCCUCUGAAGGCAUCCAUAAUGAGAUCAAUGGACAUAUCAACAGCAAACUGGCCUUGUUGGAGCAGAAGCUUCAGGGGACGCCACGCAACAUGGAGGACCUUCAGUCUAUAACAAAGAGGCCUCCUGUCGUCAAAGCCAAGCGGACUAAUAAAGCUGGGGAACGUGGUCCAAACUCCAGGAAGAAGACAAAAAAGGAAGAGGUUGGAAAAAGCACAGAGGCUCUGAUGAAGCAGCUGAAGCAAGGCCUCUCCCUCCUCCCCCUGAUGGAGCCCGCCAUCACGGCCAGCCUGGAUCUGUUUGCCCCUUUUGGCAGCAGCCCAGCCAAUGGCAAGGCCCAAUUGAAGGGUGGCUUUGGGAAUGCUGUGCUUGACAACAUCCCUGAUUAUUAUUCUCAGCUUCUUACCAAGAAUAACCUCAGUAACCCACCAACACCACCAUCAUCCUUGCCCCCUACUCCACCACCCUCUGUGCAGCACAAGCUGCUGAAUGGUGUGACAGCCGUAGAGGAGCUCUCUGAGGAUAAAAAGGAGACCGAAGCAACUGAAAACACUAUAGAUUCUGUGGCUGAGGAGGUAAAGAGUGUCGACAUACUGGCGGCCCUACCUACUCCACCUCACAACCAGAACGAGGACAUCAGAAUGGAGAGUGAUGACGACAGUGAUGCCUUCGAUGGCAUAGUUCCGGCAUCUUCCCCCGAGAGUCUGAUCGGCGAAGACAUCCCGAGGUUCCCUCUGCUGGAGCCCAAAGAGGAGGAGAAUGAGAGAGCGAUUUCCCCGACCAUCCCAAUCAUACCUCGUGCUGCCAUACCUAUUUUUCCAGAAACAAAGCCAUUUGAGGCGGUAGAUGGGAAGGUGGUCUCCGCAACUGGUCCGUGGGACAAAGCUAAGAACAACGAGGUGUCGGUCACAUUCACACUGUCUGCUGCUGCAGCCAAGAAUCUGAAUACAGUCAUGGUGGCUGUGGCCCAGCUUCUGCAUAUGCGGAUUCCAAGCUCCUAUGAGGUGACCUUCCCCCAAAGUCCAGGCAGAGCUGGAGGAGCUGGACCCGGAAAAGGUCCCGAUCCCUCUAAUCCAGGAGCCCUGUGUUUGAAGCCUGGCGCUGUGGAUGGAGACCAGGAUGCAGAGUGGGUGAGGCAGUAUGACGUAACUCUGCCUGGGUGCACUCUGAAGAAGCAAAUCGACAUCCUGGCUCUCAUCAAACAGGAGUGCUCUGAGGAAGAGGAGAGACCAGCGCAGCACUGUUACACCACCAAUGUGUCUGACCUGGAUGUGCGUCACCUCCCUGUGUUCCCCAUUGAGGAAUCCCCACCCCCGUCUCCCUCUCCGCCACCACCGCCAACGCCACCUGCUCCUGUUCCUGCUCCUGCCCCUGCUGUUGCCCCUACCCCUGCCCCAGAGACGACCUCUGAUGCUGAUCCAGAGGCAGCUUCUGCCCCACCUGUGGAUGCUCCUCCUGCCCAACCCAGAUCCCCGUCACCAGCUCCUCCCGUGAGCCCUGCUGGAAUCAUCAUUAAAACCGAGCCUGAGCAGGAGCCCAUCCGCCCCCCUGACCAGCCUCCAGCUGCUCCUAGUGGGGACGAGGCCGCCGCCGCUGCUGCUGCUGCUGCUUUAACCUCUCCUGUCCCCAAGCAGGAACCAUUGGCCACUCCCAUACAGUCCCAUAUCUCCUUCAGCCUGACUCUGUCCCCCAAACUGAUCAAGCCGCGCAGCCGGCCGCUGUCGGGCGACGAUCUGGAGAUCAAGCCAAAGAUUAAGAAGUGGAAGGGCCUGCGCUGGAAGAGGCUACAGAUGGUCAUCACCAUCCGCAAGGGCGGCUCCAAGAAGGAGAACAGCCGGGAGGUGUCGGAGCUGAUGGAGCGCCUGCAGAUCACGCUGCGGCCCAACAAGCUGCCGCGCGACAAGCGCAAGUGCUGCUUCUGCCACGAGGAGGGCGACGGUUCCACCGACGGCCCCGCCCGGUUGCUCAACAUCGACGUGGACCUGUGGGUGCACCUGAACUGCGCGCUGUGGUCCACCGAGGUGUACGAGACGCAGGGCGGCGCGCUCAUGAACGUGGAGGUGGCACUGCGCCGCGGCCUGCGCACCCGCUGUGCCUACUGCCAGAAGACCGGCGCCACCAACAGCUGCAACCGCCUGCGCUGCCCCAACGUCUACCACUUUGCCUGCGCCAUCCGCGCCCGCUGCAUGUUCUUCAAGGACAAGACCAUGCUGUGCACGCAGCACAAGCUGAAGGGCCCCAGCGAGGAGGAGCUGAGCACCUUCGCCGUCUACCGCCGCGUCUACAUCGAACGGGACGAGGUGAAGCAGAUCGCCAGCAUCCUGCAGCGUGGCGACCGCAUCUACAUGUUCCGCGUGGGCGGCCUCAUCUUCCACGCCGUGGGCCAGCUGCUGCCCUCACAGAUGGCCAUCUUCCACUCGGCCACCGCCAUCUUCCCGGUGGGCUAUGAGGCCACGCGCAUCUACUGGAGCACCCGGGUUCCUAACAAGCGCUGCCGGUACCGCUGCCGCAUCAGUGAAACCGACGGCAGGCCGGUGUUUGAGGUGCGGGUGCUGGAGCGGGGCCAGGAGGAUCUGCACUUCAACGACAGCAGCCCUGAUGACAUUUGGGGUACGGUGGUGCAGCGGGUGGCCAAGCUGCGUGAGGAGGCGGGCAUGCUGAAGCUCUUCACUGACCACGUGAAGGGAGAGGAAAUGUAUGGCCUCCGGAUACACGCAGUCAUGCGCAUCACUGAAUCCCUACCUGGAGUGGAGAACUGCCAGGACUACGUGUUCCGUUACGGCCGUCACCCUCUGAUGGAACUGCCGCUCAUGAUCAACCCCAGCGGCUGCGCUCGUUCUGAGCCCAAGAUCCUGUCCCAUUGCAAGAGGCCCCACACCCUGAACAGCACAAGCAUGUCAAAAGCCUAUCAGAGCACCUUCACUGGGGAGACCAACACCCCCUACAGCAAGCAGUUUGUCCACUCCAAGUCGUCUCAGUACCGGCGUCUGAAGACCGAGUGGAAAAACAACGUCUAUCUGGCCCGCUCGCGCAUCCAGGGACUGGGUCUGUACGCCGCCAAAGACCUGGAGAAACACACCAUGGUCAUUGAAUACAUCGGCACAAUCAUCCGCAAUGAAGUGGCCAACCGUCGGGAGAAAGUCUACGAGGAGGCGAACCGUGGGAUCUACAUGUUCCGCAUCAACAACGAGAAUGUGAUCGACGCCACCAUUACCGGUGGGCCUGCCCGCUAUGUGAACCACUCUUGUGCACCCAACUGUGUUGCUGAGGUGGUGACCUUUGACAAAGAGGACAAGAUCAUAAUCAUCUCCAGUCGCCGAAUUCCCAAGGGCGAGGAGCUGACCUAUGACUAUCAGUUUGACUUUGAGGACGAUCAGCACAAGAUCCCCUGCCACUGCGGAGCUUGGAACUGCAGAAAAUGGAUGAACUAACAGGGUGGAGCGUCAGGAACCACACCCCUGCGCCAAAGCCUGUCGGACCCUGCUCAUCACUCAGUUCAUAAGUUGUCCUCAGACUCAAGGCCGGGGGCCAAAAGGGUUCCCCUCCCUUCACUGAAAGACAAGACUUUGCAUUUCUCCCCCCCCAGGAGCCAAAGGCCUGAAGGGAGGAAACCCUUGGAAGAUGCCACCUGUCUGUGCAAGCAGCAGUGCUGGCCAUGCUUGAGCAGAUUUUUUUUUUGUUUUGUUUUGUUUUGUUUUUCUGUUUUAUGACUUAUGGAAUAAACUAUAGCACCACCACCAAUAACAGAAAAACCUUGCCUGCCAAAAGCACCUCUACUUCCUUUAUUGCUCUCCCAUAAUAAGCUAGCUGACUGACCGACUGACUGGCUGGAAUCCUUCCUUUUCACACCUACGGAAAGCGCCCUGAUUUUAGAGAUCACAUCAGUGCAUUUGUAGGGUAGUAAUAAGUCGAAGGCCGUUGAUUUUUUAAAGCCAUUUCAAUUACUCAGAUGAACUAAUAAGACUUUCACUUGGACCUAUUGUAUCUUUUUUUUUUUUUUCUCUCUCCUCGUUGGUCUGUCUUUCUUCCUCCCUCCCCCUCCCCCCCUCACCCCAGUGCAACACUCUCCCGCCCCAGUUCAACACUCUCCCACCAAGUCAUCAAUGAAGAUGAAGAUCAACUAGGAUAUCAGCAAGACAAUCCUGGAGGGGCUCCGCACAGAACUGUGUAUCUUUCGAUGGAAGAGAUGUAAGAUAAUAUAAGAAUAAUUGAGAUAAUAUUGACCUGUGGCUUCACAAAAGGCACCAGAUGUUUUAUUUGUAUGGAGUUCAAGGUGGGUUAGCUUGACCCCAGUCUACCUCAUUGAGUUUGUGGGAAGUGACUGCUUUGUACAAAAAACUGUUAAGUGCUACUGUGGAAAGGGGAAGGUAGGAAUGUUCUCAUGGUGAAUGCCUUCUCGGAUAAGCAGGGAAACUUAAGCAGCAGGUUUGCUCCUCAUCGUAUCAGUCUAUAUAAAUGCAUUUUUGUUUGUAUUGGUUUUUUCGCUUUUUAGUAAUUUACAGUAGUGAGCCACAUUUGCUAUCUAUGAUAAAGCCUCUACACGAGCAGGACUUUUGGAUAUAAUCAUGAAGCAUUAAUGGUGAUGUGAUCGCAUCACAGAGUGACGGGUGUUAUGAGUUGCCCCGCCCCCCCCCCCCCCCCACGCACCCCCACCAUCUUGAGCAUCUCAUGUAGCUGAUCUUGUUGUGUUUUCUUCCACGCUUUUGCAAAAAAAUUCUAAAUCUAGCAAUCAUGCUUUUUUUUAUUAUUAUUAUUAUUAUUAUUAUUAUUAUUAUUAUUCAGUGUGAACGCACAAUAGAAAUGGACUUGUCUUGUCGCAGAGGGCGAAGCUAAUGAUGUGAAUGACAGGUUCCACAGCCUAUUGAAUCAUGGGUGCACUUUGAAAUGUCUCCUCCUCCUCCUCCUCCUCCUCUCUUGCUUUCUGAUCAUGGUUCUAACCUCAAGUGAGACUGUGUACGCCUGACCACCUCAGGCCCUUUGUAACUGAUGAUGCAAGACUACUAUUGAGUUUGAGAGCGUGAUCUCGCAUUCUGUAGAACCAUCACCCUGCCAGCCAUGCUGUGUCAUGUCACGUCACCAUCCCCUCAACAUACUCCUACAGCAGUAUGCCGCCUCCUCUGUUCUAGUUGACUGUUGUAUACUUACUGUAGUGAGUCUUUCUCUGCCACAGCCAAGCCAGUGUGUGUGUGUUUUUUUUCCCCCUCCUUGUUUUGUGGUUUUGAUAGUGGUAGCACGGUCCUUGCACACACACACACACAUAUAUACACACACACACACACAUAUAUACACACACACACACACACCUUCCUUCUGAACGGCUACAAGCAAUGGCAGAGAGAGACUAUAAAAGGGCAUUUACUUUCUAUUCCUGUUUAAACAUUUUUAAGGAAAGUAAUUUAAAAACAAAAAACAGAAUUUUAAAGUCUUCACGGUAAGGAGUCUCUUGAAAGAAGCCUCCUGAGCGCCAUGCUUACUUUAUGUUCCUCUUCCCUCUGACUUAGGACCUCAUAUUAAAUAAUAAUGGAAAAAUGCAAAAUGUACAAACUGUAAAUAUGAUCGGGGGGUAAAAAAACUCCAGCCCCUUUUUAAUCAAUAAAAAUCAAAUUGUAGAGAAAUAAAAUCAACACGAAUCAACCACUGGAUAUCGUUUUAUCAGAAAGAUUAAAUGUGUGUGUAUAUAUAUAUAAAUAUAUGUAAAAUUGCAAAACAAAGUACUAUCCUGAUAUGUAUAUGAACCAGAGUGUUUUUUUGCAUUUAUGUGUUUUUUCUAUUAGCGUUUUUUGCUAUACCACCACAAACAGUUUGACAAAAAAACACAAAAAAAAAAAAAACACAAAAAAUGAAAGAAAUAACGUGUGCUGGAUUUCUUGUCUUCACCAGUGACAUAGAUGAGUGGUUGAGGUGAAUUUGAAACGUGUAUCCGAGGGGGAACUGUUUGAAAGUUGUGCUGAUUUAAUUAUACUUCAAGGGGAAAAGCAGUGAAAUGGUGCAUAGCGAUUGUGUAUUUAUGUAAUAUUGUUCUCCCUAUGUUUCUACUUUUGAUUUAUUUAUGCUACUGCUUGUAAACUUCAGAAGAUAACCUGUCCUUGAAUUGGGCAACAUUGGAAUUAUUAGACUCAGUAAAUGGCAAAUCUUAAAACUUUUGAAGAUAGUUUUGAUAUGAUUGGUGUUUGUUUUUGUUUGUUUUCGAGUAAUGAUUUCUUCCCUCUAGAAGUGAAUGUGUUCAUAUAUAUACAUACAUACAUAUAUAUAUAUAGUUAUAUAUAUAUAGAGCUUGUGAAUUGGCUACAUAGCCUAAUGUAUGUUAUGAAUUGAUAUUCUACAGUAUCCCCCAUAUUUACCCAAGAAAGAAUUGCACUCAGCAUUUUAUGGAGUACUUCUCUUUAAAGGUUAGAUGUUAAAAUGAGUAUCAGAAGUAGCGAUAUAGCUAUAUAUAUAUAUUUUUAUGUUUUCAAGGGAAGACCAUAAUAUAAAGGAAAACACAUUGGCUCUCACUGGAUUUCAGCCUGCGAUUUUGUUCUUACCUUGUUUGUUUAAAUAUCCUAAUUUAAGUUUUUUUCUCUCUCUGCAUAUCUUUAUAAUUUAAUAAAAUGAAA